UGUGUGUGUGUGUGUGUGUGUGUGUGUGUGUGUGUGUGUGUGUUUUAUUUAGUGGUGGGUUGCAUCGCUAGCUUGGCUGAGUGUGUGUGGCCUUUGUGUUCAUUCAAGGAGCAGACAGAACUGUGUCAGCCAUAGCUGUGCUAUUGUUUGGUUCAGUAAGAUUUUGAGAGUAACACUUUUUCUUGCUGUGUAAAAAUGAAACUAUUUGAUUUGAGUAUGAACAGUUGCAUGUGUGUGUGCUUUGUAGAUUAAUAUCAGAUUUUAUUUGCAUGGAACUGAAGUGGUGAUAUGUUGAUUUGAGUGUGUGUGGCUUUGGUGUGCAUGCAAACAGCAGAUGGAGCUGUGUCAGAGGCUUCUUUGUGCUAGUGUUUGGUUGCAUAAAAUUUUGAGAGGCAAACAUAUUCUUGCUUUGCGAAACAGGAAAAUUAUUUAUAUGAUGAUUUGCAUUGGGCUUUGUGUGUGUGUGUGUGUGUGUGUGUGUCCUUGGCUGUGUGCAUGAACUCUAGUGUGGAAAAUUUGCCUUGAUGAUCAAUAGUUGCAUGUGUGUGUCUGUCAGUCAUAGCUGUGCUAGUGUUUGGUUCAAUACUUUUUCUUGCUGUGUGAGAAAGGAAAAGUAUGCAAUUUGAUGAUGAAUAGUUUUGUGUGUGUGUGUGUUUUGUAGUAUUAUAGCAAGUUGUAUUGCAUGGAACAAAGUUUUUGAUACAUGUAGUUGGGUAUGUGGCUUUUGUGUGCAUUCACUCUGUCACAGGCUUCGCUGUGCUAGUGUUUGGUUCUGACAAAUUUGAGAGGCAAACAUUCUUGCCUUGUGAAACAGGAAAAUUUGAUUCAAUUGAUUUAAUAUUGCUAAUUAAUUUGAGUAGUUAUUUCUUUGUGUGUGUGUCUUUUGCUAUGUGCAUGAACUGUAGUUUGUGAUGGACUUAGUUGGGUGUGUCUAUGUCCAGCACUAUGGCUAAGUCGCGAGAUGUUGUGGCAGCCACUUCCUGUGUAAUGAGGAAGCAAAUAUAGUAAUAAGCAUGCCAGUUUGCUGGUUACCCAUGACUUUGAAAGAGAAGGUUUUUGUGUUAAGAUGUGUCUCUGUUGAGCAGCGCAGUUAAGCUGGAGGAAGUGGUGUUGGCCAUUUUCUUUCUAUUACUUGAACACCAUAACAUGGAUGCCAGUUUGUGUCCUAACCACGUUGUAUAGAGAAAGACCUUUUUUUUUUUUAAUUAAAACCUAAAAAUUAGCUACAGCUAAGUGGAUACAGGAUGUUUUGAGUAAAGUUCUGUUCACUUAAAUAGGUUUGUUUUUUUUAAUUAGACAAGUAAUGUUGUUUAAAUCAAACAAAAUGUAUUAUUUAAUUUACAGAUAUUCAUCUCUGUUGGCUGUGAGAGCUGCUCUUCUUUGGCUGCUUUCAGACACGAUCUACCUGUGAUCGACCUGCAAGCUACCUGCCUUGAACCUGCUAUUUACCUGCACUACAACAAGUUUACACACAUACAUUGAUUCCAUUUAAAACAACACACAUAACUAAUUGAUAAUCCACACACAUAUUUUUAAUUCUUUUCCACACAAGCACAUACACACACACACACACACACACAUAUAGACAAUUUGUUGUUGAGGCGGAGGAUGGCGCAGCCGCAGUCAUGGACCCCCCAGCCGCCUGUCCCCGAGUUUGUUGCUCGGCGCGGUACCGGUUACCGCCAUCGCGUACGCAGAUGGCAAACUUCCAAGCUGACCCAGCGCAGCUUCAAGCUGGUCACUCCAGCUCAGCAGCCGCACCAGAAGAUGGUGUUCGUUGUGGGAGACUCCCACCUGCGGCCCAUGGUGGAUGGGUUCGUGGCCAUGCCAGAGGGACCUCUCUCUUUUUCUUUUCUGUCUGUUUCAGGUACACAGGCAGCAGAGCUGAGGACAGAGGUGUCGCACGCCGCUCUCCCAUGGACCCCGGACGUGGUGUGUGUGCUGGCCCCCAGCAACAACCUCACGGCCAGCAGGAACAUCGGAGAGGCGGCGCUGGACUUCGGUGCUCUCCUGGAGACAGUCUGCAGCCGCUGGGUGAAGGUCUCCCGUACGUGUCUGUGGCAGAGCACCUCCCUCUGGAUCGUUUGGAGCUGUGGAGCCAUGAUGGUGUGCACCUCAGCGACAGCGAUGGAACGCUGAUCUUGGUCCAGGUCCUGUGGGAUGCCGCUGUCCGCCAGCUGGCCCCUCCUCCUCCUCCUUCGCCUACGGUGCCCCCCCGGACAUGGCCUUGUGCCAGGGUCUCCCCCGUGCUGGUCAUGACGGGACACAGCCCCGUGCCCCGGCACUGUGACCCACUGGAGUGGACCGCUGUCAGACAGGAGGUCAAGGCCCGAGCAUCUCCGGUGCAAGAGUCUGCCCUCCCGUCCAACCCCGUGUGGUUCAUCGGCGACAUAUUGGAUGCCAUGGAGAAGGUUUCUCCUUCUUCAGGCUGUGAGGGCACUGCCAAUCCACCAGCUGGCCAGUCUUCUUGUGUGAGGCGUCCGCCAAAAGGUGUUGCAACAGGCGCAGAGGAGGAAAGCGACAAGAUGUCAAGAUGCUGUUCACAUGUUGACAUCAUGAGACCAAGACGACACGUCACUACAGAACUGCCCUCCACUUUGUGAAUGUUUCCUGCCCUUUGGCCGCUUCCUGUUUGCGGCGUGCUGCACCGACGUGAGCGGCUCUCCUCUCCGCGGGGAAAUGUGGGCCAACAUCCGCCUGGAAGGCCUCCUUUCAUGCUUAUUGCCUGUGUUGGUGGGACUUGAUUAUUUGGCCUUUGUCAGAGCCCAACUGUUAAGUUGCUGUGUUUAAAACAUGUGUGUGUUGCUAAUGAUCACCAAUCAGAUGGGCUGUUUGUUAGCAUUAGGCUGGGCCACUGUGUAUUAUGUUAGCACUUAGGCUAAGUGGUUGUGAGCUAAUGCUAAAGCCAUCAGGAGGCAGUGCUGUGUCUUGUUUUUCACUCAAGUGAUUUACAUUAUCGGUGCACAUUAGAAGCAACAUGUGCUUUAUUUUGGGAAUGUUUGGUUUCUGUUGUAACUCGUCCUGUGACGAGGCUUCAGCUCAGUGAACAGCAGCACUACCUAAUUGCAUUGUCAAUUCAUAUUCAUUUAAUUCAUUAUUCGGUUCUUUUAUUAUUCGAUAAAAAAGUUGAAAUAUUUACAGUUAAAAACACAUUGUAACCAACAAUUCCAUUCUGUGUACGUGUCAUUUCAUUACAGCUCUACUGAAUUAAAAGAAGGAAAGCGAAAACAAUUCAGGCCAAAACAAGACUUUGCCUUCAAACUGA